GGGCCGCGAGCGUCGAGCAUGUUCGAAGUCCAAAGCGUCCUUCCGUCCAAACACUCAACACGAGCCUAUCGCCCUCUGUAGGUUUGCCAUCGCAUUGUGCAAGUCGGCACGCAUCGUCUCUCAUCUUGGAGGAUCGAAAACCCACCUACUUCUCGAGAACGUCGGCGAUAGCUCGAGGAAGAACAAACGGGAGCUCCAGAAAUCCUGAACAUCCGUCCGACAUGUCGUCUAUCUCGAAAUACAUGUGGACCGGAACGAUGCAAGACUACGUCUUGCUUGGUCUGGCAGCGCUAUCCCUUCUUUGCGUGAGAUACAUUUGGGGACGGAUGUGGUCGUGUGAAGGGAAAAGUAACGCGGACAUACGGUCCCUCCGCACACCGGAGAUAACUGUGCCAGGGCAUCAGGCAAGCAGUCGACGCGCCAAGCAGUUGUACGAUGUAUUCCUUGUUCUGGAUGUCGAGGGAACAUGCGAGGAUAGAUCGAAAGCAUUUGACUAUCCAAACGAGAUUAUUGAAUGGCCGGUGUGCAUCCUGCGUUGGAAAGACAAGGACAACGACGGAUUCGCUGAGAACCUCGAGGUAGUCAGUGAAUUCAGAAGCUUCGUGAGGCCUACAUGGAGACCUCGACUUUCCGACUUUUGCACCCAGCUCACUGGGAUCACCCAGGAGCAAGUGGAUAGUGCUCCGACAUUCACAGAGCUCCUAGACAGCUUCCGAGAGUUCCUCGAAGCCAACGGCCUCAUCGAUCCUGACACAGGCCGCCGUCUUGUCCGGUUCUGCUGGUGCACGGAUGGCCCGCAUGACAUAUGCGACUUCGUGGUGAAACAGUGCUUCAUCUCCAAGGUCCCCAUGCCGGCAUGGAUUACGGGGGAUGUACUAGACAUCCGCAAGGCUGUUCAUAUCCUGCUCGAUGCUUCGGGAAAACCCUCGACCACCAGUGACCGGCCAGGGCAGCAGUACGCAUUUCCGAUGCCCCGUCGUGUCGCACUCACGAUCCCGCGUCAAUUGGCAUCGUUGGGUCUUGCGCCAUUCCAAGGUCGCCAACACAGUGGGAUUGACGACACACGGAACAUCGCACGGAUCCUAGCUGAGCUCCCAAAGCGAGGAGUGAAGCUUGAGCCUAACAUACACAUCAAUCCCAGAAAGCGGUGGCCCUGGAUGGGCAAACGAGGCAAGAUACUGGAGGACUAUAUUUGAGUCCAUGGAGCUUCAACUGCCGUGGGGCCGAACGCUCAGCCAAUCAUGCAGCAUGCGUCGCUUCUCAUGCUCCGUGUGCCCGCUUCCCAUAAGUCUCUGCGCAUAGCCAUUCGUUCCUAUAUCUGGACGGGAGUAUCAAGUGCCAUUGGCAGUGUGGGAGGCCACUCAACGGCGUUGGCGUACUCCGUGCAAUCUUGGAUUCAACGUGUACUUGCAACUGCGUCAUAAUUAGUUUUCGCGCACUAACGCUUACCGAUGGAUCUUGCGAAGAUGCCUCGAUCUACAGUCGGUAGCACUGUCAUCUCAUUGGUUCUCCCGUACCUCAUCUCCGUUCGUCGUUGGUGGGUGGGACUUGGGUGGGGCUCUUCCCACUGGUGCUGCGAAUGACCAUAUGUGUACAUCUGAUUUGCAACGAUAGAAUACAUUCUGAGCCGUGGACAAA